UUACCAGCAUUUUGUGGUGACAAAAUAAAAGUUCGACGCCAUUUUUUUGUCUCUGCCAUAAACCUGUUGCACACAUUUUGAGACAUCCUUCCGUUUUGCCACGUCAACAUGGCCCCCCCGUGCUUCCGAUGCGGUGACACCCAACCCGAGUUAUGAAGAUGCUCUCCCAACGGCCAGCAACAGCACGCAGGUCCGUCACAUCCACCUGCGUCCACUACAGCCCGGUGGCAUUAAAUCCUUAACUACAGAGCUGGACACGUACAUGCCAAUUCCACGCUCCCCUUCCACAUUACUAAUAUUUUCUACACUUUGACUCACUUAACUCGCCCAUUCCAUUUCAAGACAAGUAGCUUUCUUAGCCAGAAUGGACACAAAGAGAGAUAAAGAACAAGAGGCAGAAGUCGACAAGAUAACUGCUGGACUGCUUAAAUCGCACACUGGGGAGUUUGAUUUGGAGUCCAUACUGUUUCUCAAAUUUAGGGGUCUUGGAAUACACGAUCUUGGAUGUAUCGGGGAGUGUAUGAAUUUGGAGAGACUGGACCUUUCCGGGAAUAGUAUUGUCAGUUUAGUUCCUCUGUCAUCACUUCGUCUGCUUUCUGUUCUCAAUUUGUCCUCCAACAGGAUUUCCAAUUUAGAGCCACUUCACAGUUGUGAAAACUUACAGAAUUUAAACCUAGCCGGCAACAUCAUCUCCAGUACUGAGAACCUUCUUUGCCUUCAGUCUCUGAGAAAGCUUGAGAGUAUUCGUCUCAACGACAACACGUACAAUUAUUCUAAUCCUGUGUGCAGGAAUGCUUUGUAUAGAACCACAGUUCUUGAGAUGUUCCCCAACAUCAAGGUGCUAGAUGGCGAGAGAGUCGUUGGUCGUGGGAGUGACUUAUACCAGCUAUGCAAAGACAUCGACGACACCAUUAAAGCCGGUCAAUACAAGAAUGGACAACUUGUUGAACACCACGAUUGCAAGCCAUGGGUGGAGGAUACUUACUGGGAAAUAAAAAGAUCGAACAAUGCCAUUGUAGAAGAAGCCUACAAACAGUUUAAUGAUGUUCUUCAUGAAUGCAGACUCCUAAACAACAGAGCAACUCAUGUCAUUUCCCAGACUGAAAGAUCAAUGAGCCUAAAGAAGCAGCCAAAGCAGUAUGCCAUCUGAAUGGGUAGUGAUGAAACGCUAGAUUGUUUUCCAGAUGACUAAGUUAAGCAAUAGACAUUUCUAGACAAAUAUGCUCUUUAUGGAAUUUUUCCAAUCAUUUUAAUGCAUCCGAUGCAUUGGCUUUUGAGGAUACAUGCAAACUUCCGUAUGGAUACGAGAUGUCUUUACUUGCACAUUGUGCAUAUUGUGCCAUGUUGUAGCCUGCUUUUUUGCAGACAUAUGCUGCUAAAAAUGUUUAAAUAUUUAAAGUAACUAAGAGCUUUUCCAUUGUGCUGGAUCAUUUUGGGAGCAUCCCAUUGCUGUAUGCUUUUUAUGUAGAAUUACCCUUUUUUGCGAAAAUAUGAUUGAAUGUUCAUCUGUUUAUACUUGUUUUAUACCAUAAAGUUUAUUGUCUAUA